GACAGCGGCAGCAGCCUGCCUGCGCUCAGGGUUCACUACACCAUAGACAGGUGUGACUUCAUCUGAAUGAGGACUGAAUGAGAAUUACACAAACCAGUCUGUGUAGUUUAUCCUGAGCUCUGUGAGGUGUCAGCUGCCUCUCAGCCAUCUGUCCACUCCACUUUCAAACCAUUCAGAAGUUUCAAAUCUUUGUUGGCAACUUGAGAGAGCACUGUUCUGUUAGACCUCUUGUAUCUGUGAUGAUACAUUAGGGUAGCGUCUGCAUUGAAAUAGCAGCUAUGGAAAGAAGCAUGAAUUUUGACGAGAUUCUUUCUCAUAUCGGUGGCUUUGGCAAGUUCCAGAAGAUCUUGUAUGUGUGGAUUUGCCUACCCCAGGUCCUGCUGGCGUUCCACAUGCUGAUAUCGGUCUUCACGGGGGCCGUCCCCCCUCAUCUCUGUCGCUCCAACAACACCACCUGGGCCUUGGCCGCCAGCUCAGACGCAUUUAACUUCAGCCUGGUUACAGGCCCAGACGAUGACCCUGACCUGUCCUGCUCUGCCCCUGGGGGGGUCCCUAGCACCCCGCUAGCCCAGUUGAAUCACAGCACCGCCCUGGCCCUUAGCGAUGACCACGUCACCGGGGUUUGUCAAGGGGGAUGGGAAUUCAGCAAAGAGACCUUCCACAGCACCGUGGCAACUGAGUGGGAUCUGGUGUGUGAUAAUGCCAAUCUGAACAACAUUGGUUCCUCAAUCUACAUGUUUGGUCUUCUGGUCGGCGCCGUGCUGUUUGGUUCCUUAGCUGAUAAGUUUGGACGCAGGAACAUCAUCCUGGUUGGUUUGACUAUCCAGUCAACCUUUGGGGUUGGUGCUGCUUUUGCCCCAAAUUUCUACAUUUAUGUCUUUCUGCGCUUUGUGGUUGGAACAACUAUUUCAGCUGUCAUCAUGAACGCAUUUGUUUUAGGCACAGAGUGGACAGGAUCAAAGCACCGGAUGCUAGCUGGGAUCAUCACAGACUACUUCUUUGGGUUCGGCUACAUCACCCUGGCAGGCCUGGCCUACCUCAUCAGAGACUGGCGUAAGCUCCAACUGGCCAUCUCAGCACCAGGCUUCCUCUUCAUCUUCUACAUCUGGGUCCUACCCAAGUCGGCUCGGUGGCUAAUGGCCAACCAGAGGAACGAGGAGGCCAUGGAUCUGAUCAGGAAAGCUGCUCUGAUGAACGGCAAACCCCUGCAGGAGGACAUAGAGAUACAUCAGGGGUACAACGAUAUGGUGAAGAUGGAGGAGAGGAAAAAGGACACAGUCAUUGACCUGGUCCGUACGCCAAAAAUGAGGAGGAAUUCAUGUAUCAUGUUUUACCUGUGGUUUGUCAACGUGCUGGUCUACUAUGGCCUGUCCCUGAACAUCUCUGACUUUGGGAUGAACAUCUACCUGACCCAGCUGAUCUUUGGCCUGGUGGAGAUGCCCGCCAGGACCAUCACCCUCUUUACCCUGAACCGCUCCAGGAGGAUAUCCCAGCUAGCCUUCCUCGCUGUGGGAGGCCUGGCCUGCCUGCUAACCAUCUUCAUUCCUGAUGAUCUCUCCAUUAUUAGAACUGUCCUGGCUAUGGUGGGGAAGUUUGGGAUCACCGCCUCCUUAUCCAUCGUCUACGUCUACUCAGCAGAGGUCUUCCCUACUGUCAUAAGGCAGAGUGGAAUUGGUAUGAGCUCCAUGUGUGCCAGGGCAGGGGGAGUCCUGGCUCCCAUCAUCUACCUGCUGAGGGGUGUCAGUAAGAAUGCUCCCAUGGUGCUGUUUGGCCUGUGUACUCUGCUAGGUGCAGCCCUCACCCUGCUGCUGCCUGAGACAGCCCACCAGCCCCUGGCUGACACCAUUGAGGAUGUGGAGGGAUCCAGCAUCAGUGAGGAAUCAGAGGAAGGGAACAUGAAGCCAGCCCUCUAUGAGGAAUGUCCAACAAGGAACCCAGACAUCAUAAUCUGAAGAACCAGGAGUGGGACAUGGCACCAGUCCACUGAUACUUUGAGACCUGUGGUCGUGUCAUCUGGAGAACUUCUAAUACCAUUCCUCCAAGGAACUCAACUGUGCGUUGUAAGAUAUCUGCUAAGAGUGUUUGAACAAAUUUGUCGUUUGUAAAGCUAUUUCCUAUUUUGUACAUAAGACAUUGAUGUCACUGAACUGACAUUUUAUACAAUUUUAUUUUAUAUUUAAAAAUAUAUAUUUUGUUUUGAAAAGAUGUACUAUAUAUUGAUGUUUUAUAGUGACUAUCAGUUCACAUUUAGAUUGAUGAUGAAGUACAUUAGUAACAGUUUAUUUAUGCAUCAAAUAUCCAUUCAUCAGAUUCUGUAAAUACCACACCCCCCGUGCCUUAUUGCUGAAUUGAACCGCAGCAGUAAACACCAGAGAGACUGAUCCGAGUUUGAGAUCUUUCACAUCGGGUGGAGAAGAAUAGAAGACUGUUGUGAUGACAUGCUCUCUCUGUGGUACUUUGGGUGGAUCUUAUUAUUUUUAUGGCAGUGGAUGAUUUGACAGGCCUCAAUUGUUCCCCUGUCAUUGUAAGGCUUAGGAGAGCAAAGCCGCACAUUCUUGUUUGGGAUGAAACACAGGGUUUGCCUUACAGUCAUGUAACCAAACGACUGUAAUAGGCCUAUAUGUUUAGUAACAGUAGUCAACAGGAGUCCAAUGUGUUGUGUUAGUGAUCACUGCCACUCUCUGGAUGAAAGUGGUACUUGCUUCUUGUCUGACAUCAGCUGCUGUAUAUACGGUAAGUACUGUAAUGGGGCACAAGCAUGAUGUCCACAGAGAUUGUGUAACAACAUAUGCAUUUCCUGAUUCUGUAGAAUCAGUACUUUUAUACAAAUGUAUUACAAAAGCUGCUGUAUAUACGGUAAGUACUGUAAUGGGGCACAAGCAUGAUGACCACAGUGAUUGUGUUACAACAUAUGCAUUUCCUGAUUCUGUAGAAUCAGUACUUUUAUACAAAUGUAUUACAAAUUUACAAAAAUCAAAGUAAAAUUGGGAAGUUAUCCAUGAUGUGAUAAAAAUAUAUAUACUAACACCUUUCAUUUGUACAAUAUAGUUCUGCUUAAACAAUGUUUGCUAUGCUGUGUGUCGUUUCAAAAAGGCCUAUAGUCAAUGUUGAGGGGCAGCACAGGGGCUGAUAAGAUGCCAGUGUUAAAAGACUUGUUUUGGGGGAUCAACUGCAGGUUGGUGCUGUCUGACUGACUGAGUAUCUGACACAUAUGUCUGUCAAUGAGUCGCUGCCCAGGGGACAUUAGCAACAACUGGUAUUUCAAUUAGACUACAACAGAGGAUCCCAAGAACAGCUGCAAGUAACCCACUGACCAUCCCCCCACCACACUACAGCCAGAGAGAGCUGUUGUACUGUAUUUUGUCUGUGAAAGCUUUGACUAAAUAUUUAACAGUUGUAGUGGCAUUGUCUAUGAUGUGGAAUGUACAUUAGGCUUACUGUCAUUGUACAGCCCAGAUGUGAAAAGAUGCAUUGUAAAAAAUGACAGAGACACUAGUGUGAAACAAGUGCACAGCUGUAGGCACACAUCUCCUUAGAAUUUCAUGCCUGUACUGACAUUUGUUCUUGUACUAUGCUGAGAAUGUAUCAACAGUGUCCUGGAUAUUUUUUAAAGGUACAUUUACAGUGUGGAAUUACAGUAAAGUGAAAUUAUUAGGAGUAUGCACAGCCCUUUUUUCAUUCCACUUGGACUAUGAAAUUACUUGCCAGAGCUCUGUUUCUAGAGUAGAGACCAUAGUGCCUAUUUCAUUGACAUUGGCAUCAAAUUGAAAAACAGACGUUUCAUAAGUGUGACUAUAUUUCCAUAUCUGAUCUCACUGGUAUUUGAAUAAUACAGAUCUAAUUUCCUAAUUCUAUGAAGGUAUAAUGAGAGAUUACUUGGGAGCAGUUUGAAUAAUACGAACUGGUAGUUUUUGGCAGCAGAGGGCGCCCCAACGCAAUGAUUAUUAGACACAGUGUCAACGCGAGAAAUCAUUGAUUGAAUUCCAAAAUCUUUGAUUCAAUCGCACUGAUGAUGAUGAUCUUCACAAAACCUUGUCCCACAAUACAAUGUACACAUUUUCUGUGUAUUGAGCAGUUAUUUUUCUAUUAGUCUAUCGUCUCAACUAUAGAAGUAUCUAACAUUUGGUAUUUGUGUAAGCAUGUA